GAAACGCAUACCAUAAGUUCUUAUCUAUGACAGAUAACGUAAAAUGUCUUAUCAUUAGGUUAAAAUACGUCUACUAGCAUUAGAAACGAUCGUCCACAAUCGGUGACACUUCUUCGAGAUAUACCAUGAAUAUAAUAAAAAUUUCCACAACGGUAUUCAGUGUGUUAAGUUUGUACACUACUCUUGUCUCUGGUGACUACUCGUGUGUGUGUAACUACAGUGUCGAAAAGAGUGUAUUUACAACAAUGAAUGAGCAGGGCAGUCCUAUUGGAUACAUGUAUGAAUUUGAUUGCAAACAGAAACUGGACUUGCAACAAGGCACACAAGGAUGGUUCGAAAUAGCUUUCGAGCACCAGAUUGGAUACCUAAAACAAGACGAUCAGAUUCAACUUCAACUUUGUCCAGGGGAUCCACCACAUGAGGAUAUUGUGACGACAGUUUCAUCUCCAGUCUCCUCGACCCAGUCAGCAGACACAUCGUCUACGAAUUCUUACCAAACUUCAAAGAUAGCAGCACCAACUGACAUUUUAUCAUCAACAAUAUCGACAAAACUGAGCACCCAAACACAAACGACACAGAUCACAAUCACAACAACAUCACAAUCUGUAGUUUCAUCACCUGCCAUCAGUACAAGGCUUUCAACAACAAAGCAAACGACACAGACAUCAACAACAGGAUUGGUUACCCAUACUCUACCAUCCAGUAUUCCUAAUAAAUUCAGUCUAG